UAUACCAGUUGCUUACAGAAAGUAAGUGUAGACGUUUCGUUACGUACGCCGUGUAGUUUUUUGUGGCUAGUCCCAACUGUUUUAGUUUUGUUUUUGGUUUACCAUUUCACCAGCGGCCCUGGAAUCACAUCCGGCUGAAACCUCAGAAAAUAUGGGAGUCUCAGAGGAAAUUACACCUACGGCUGGGGUGGAGCCGCGACCGCCAGGACAAGAACAUAGUGAUGGAAGUGAUCCAGAGCCGGACGAUUUUGCUCCAAAACGAAAACAGCGUCGAUAUCGAACCACUUUUACUAGUUUUCAAUUGGAGGAAUUGGAGAAGGCGUUUUCCCGGACGCACUAUCCAGACGUUUUCACAAGGGAAGAGCUGGCAAUGAAAAUUGGAUUAACGGAAGCAAGAAUACAGGUUUGGUUCCAAAACCGUCGCGCCAAAUGGCGGAAACAGGAAAAAGUAGGCCCACAGGCUCAUCCAUACAAUCCUUACCUUACACCAGGUUCCAGCGCUUCAGCUCCGUCCGUAGUUCCUUCAUCCUUACCCAAUCCCUUCACUUUGCCAUUUGGAUUGCGAAAACCGUUUGACUCCCUCACCUUCCGUUAUCCUCACCAUGUUAUUCCUGGAUAUCUUCCAUCGGCGCCAUCCUACCAUCGAGCAGUGCCUCCACUCUUGCAACCUUCUGUCGGCCUUUAUCCAGCCAGCUCAUUCCAGACGCUUUUGGCUAACAUUUCGGCCAACCAGAGGCCCAAACAGGAGUUUCCAGCGUCUCCUCCUAUAUCGCCAGGUACCUCAACCAUUGUUCCUCCAGUCGAUAUGGACAUGGAUAGGAGGAGCUCUAGUAUUGUGAAUCUGCGAAUGAAAGCUAAAGAGCACGAAAUGAAGAUGAAGAUGAUGCGACAGAGCAAUGACUUAAUUAGCUAGGUUUAGUUACUAUGGACUGUUAUUAGUUGAAAGUUGUUGUUUAUAAACGCUCAGAUUGCGCCUCUAAAACUAUUUGAGAUAAGCUGUAUGCUUUUGCUAAGGUUUUGUAUGAUAUGGAUCGCUUAGAUCGUGAGCAAUAUUUUUACAUUUUACAGAUGUUUUGUAAGGACAUUUUCUAACAGUUGAUAGGAACUGGAGAUUUGCAGAAUCGGGUCUAUUCCUCGCCAUAAAGGGAGAUUGAAAGUAAAAUCAACUGAAAAUUCAAUCAGUUUAAUCAGUUGGUUUUUGUCAAAUUUAAUUUAUAUUUCUAGCUUUUUUAUAACUUCUAUGAUAUAACUAUGAAUCUAUAUAAGCAAAAUCAUCAAAUCAAAACUUUCAAAAACCCAUGAAAAUAACACUAAAAUGAUUCAAGGUUUCGAGUUUACUUUCUAAAUGUCAAAUAUGUUAAAUAACUGAAAGUUUUUUAAUAAACUUUUAAAGUGUUUGACAAUAGACAUGAUCGUAUAACUAAUCAAUGAAAUGUUCAUAAAAUUUAAUUGUCCUUUACUGCUUUUUUAAAUUUUACUUGUGUUUUUUUACAUUUUGAUAUUUUGACCGGUGAUUUUUUGCCGUUUGUUAUUUUAUUUAACAUAAACUGGUUUUAUCGAAACUGCCGUUCUGCGUUUUUUACCCUAAUGAUUAGGCGAACAGCGGAAACAAAGCCGUUUCCGGUUGAAGAACAGCCAUAGUGAGAAAUAGAUUCGAUUCGGUAAAAAUAAGACUCACUCAAUUGAAUUUUUCUCAUAAAUGUUUAAUAUUCCGAAAAUAUCUGUAUGUUUAUGGAAAAAAUAUUCGUGUAUUACAUAUUGAAAGACUAAAUCGAUUUAAAAAUGUUCACUACAAUUUAAGAUUUUAUAUUUUAUUAAACUUACACCGUCCAUAAUGCAUUGAAUCGGUGACGAGCAUGGUCUAAACUAAUAUUAUUUUCUACGUUAUCCGCUAAAAUUAAAUUUGAAAAAUUCGGUUCUAUUAAACAAAAAGUUGAUAGAUUUAGGAACUUUCAACAUCCAAAGAAAGACGUUUACAUAUUUUAGGAUUUAGCCGACUAUAUUUUGCCAAAUCUGUAGUAUUUAUUUCAGACUUUUCGUUUUCUGUAUAGAGUAAAUAGAAUUAAAUAAUUGUAUGGAUUGAAAGUAUUAUCUGUUUAUAUAGUCUAGCUAGUUUCACCAAUUGUACAUAUAUUUUUUUAUACAAUAUCGUAAAUGUAAUUAGACUUUUAUGAAUAGAACUUAAGAAGAUAUAAUUUAGUAACCAUAAGGGCAAUACUGUGAGUUGGAAAGGAAUCCGUCCCCUUUUUAGCUUUAGCAAUUAAAAAAUAAUGGAAAAUAAACCUAUUUUGCCGA